UGGUGCUCACUAGGUAUACAGGUACUUAUGCCUUUGCUCUUGAUGAAGGGGCACUGAUGCGUAGCGAAAUUGACCAUACGAGUCCUCCAUGUGGCCCCAUUACUUAUCCGUGCCGGAAUGUCACCCGCUUGAUGGUGCCCUUGAUCCUUGAUGUGAUCACUAGUAUUUUCCUACGGCCCGUCAUCCUUAGAAUAGCUCUUGACGGCGAAAAUGCGUAUUACCGUUCUGGUGAGCUUAUAUACAAGUCGGCUCAAGUGACGUCCACAGGAUGGAAGAUACUCUGCACGACUCCCCCUCGACAGGCACUUCUUUGAAGGAGGAGAUCGACCAUAUUAAUAAUACGGAAAUCUCAGAUGAUGAGAAAGCUCACCUUGAAGGGACUGUCUGGAGGAAGUUAGACAGAUGGGUGCUGCCAGUCUGCACUAUCUUCUAUCUCCUCUCUUUCCUUGACCGGAGUAAUAUCGCAAAUGCUCGAGUCGCUGGGAUGCAGACUAGUCUCAAAAUGUCCAACUACCAGUACAGUAUUGCUCUGACCAUGACAUAUGUACCGUACAUCGCAGCAGAAUUCCCUUCGAACUUGCUGUUGAAGUAUGUGGGACCACAGUGGAUGCUGCCAGCCAUGGUCACUAUAUGGGGUCUUGUGGCAACCAUGCAAGGUAUCGUGAAGAGUUACUCGGGCCUACUUGCUUGUCGAUUCUUCUUGGGUCUCAUGGAAGGCGGUCUAUUCCCUGGUCUUGUGCUCUAUAUGUCGUUCUUCUAUCCCAGAGAGAGAUUGCAAAUCAGGAUUGCCACGUUCUUUGCUUCCGCAUCGCUCUCUGGUGCCUUCUCUGGUCUGCUGGCAGCUGGCAUCAUGAAUAUCGACGGGAGAGGUGGGAGGCCUGGUUGGGCUUGGAUUUUCAUUAUCGAGGGAAUUUUUACGUUGUUGUUUGGAUGUAUAUCCUUCUUUGUCCUUCCCAGCUCCCCGACUACCGCGGCCUUUUUAUCUGAGAAGGAGCGCAACUAUGUGGUUUCUAGACUGAAGGCAGACGGCGCUCUUGCUGGCGACGACAAGAAUGAUCGAUUCAGCUGGACUGAGGUAAUUCGGUGCUGUCAGUCAGUUCACGUCUGGAUGUUGGCGCCUGUCCUGUUUUUCCUCGGUACGACCUUGUAUGGCCUUGCAUACUUUGAGCCCUCAAUCGUCGCUGGCCUCGGUUACACUGGUAAUAAAGCCCAGCUGAUGAGUGCGCCGCCCUUCGCAGUGGCGUUUGUAGUCUCAAUGAUCAGUGCGGCGAUCUCGGAUCGGUAUGGAUGUCGUGGCUUCAUGCUUAUCUUCUUCUCGCUUUGUAAUCUUAUCGGAUUCGUCAUAUUCCAUGCGAGCAAAUCAAAUCACAUUCGUUAUGGAUCUCUCUUCUUAACCGUUAGUGGCAACUACUGUGGCGCUCCGCCAGUCAUCACAUGGGUUGCAAAUAACAGCGCGCCACAUGUCAGACGAGCAACUUCUGUCGCUAUUGCUUUCAUCAUGACCAACGCGGGCGGCAUCCUGGCCACCUGGCUCUUAGGCUCCUUGUCUCCCGCACCCAACUAUACAAAAGCUACCGUCACCUUCAUUAUCAUGUCAGCUGGCAUGGUGGUACUCUCCAGUGUUAACCUUGCGUAUCUAUGGCACCAAAACCGCCUGAAGGCACAAAGGCGGCAACUUGUGGCCCCAGAGGACGAACCCGAGGAUCUGGGUGAUAAAAGCGCAUGGUUUGUCUAUAACUUGUAGAAUACCUGCUGAAAAAGGACGGACUAUUUAAGAUCAGGACGUA